GAUGUAAAGGUCAUUAUGAUUGAUAUACACCUUCUAUGUCUCUUUGCAUCAUAGGUCGAAAUUCAAGGCUCGACAAAGAACAUGCUUGUCCCUUCCUGGCAGUUCAAAAUAAUGAAAAUACGCUGGAUAAUAUCGGGACCGAGUUUUUUGGUGACUGUGCUAGCAACCGCUGCGGUCUGCGCUUCUCACGAAGACUACAUUGAAUUUGGAGAAAGCAAGUCUGGGGAUGUUGAAAUAAUCAAAGCCAUCGACUACGACACUGAAAUUGCAAAGCAGCAACGAAAGAAGAUAGAGUUGCUGCACGAGAGCGUCUGUUACACCGGCGUGGGAUGCUUCUCGAGGUGGGACCGCAUGACUCACCCAAUAGCACUGCCCCAAAAUCCACGAGACGUGGGCACGCAGUUCCACGUGUACAGCCGGCAAAACGACGACAAUCCGACAGUAUUUACGGAUCCGGGGCCUAGGUCCAUCGCUUCCUAUGCGCAUUUAUUCCGGGAACCCAGGAAGCUGGUGGUCCUCCUGCACGGAUUCACGCAGUCCGUCGCUUCUCCGUGGCUUCAUUACACCAAAACGUCUCUGCUCAAGAAGGAGGAUGCCAUAGUGAUACUGGUGGACUGGGCCAACGGCUGCCGCUCCCCCAACUAUUUCGCGGCUGCAGGCAACAGCGCUCUCAUCGGGCGCCAGGUGUCGCUAGCGCUGCAAUCAUUGGUACGCCUCUUUCCUGACGCUGUGGAUCCGGCCAACAUCCAUGUAGUCGGCUUCAGCCUGGGCGGUCAAGCGUCCGGCUUCUGCGGCCGCCACUUUCUCAACUCGACAGGACGCAGCUUGGGCAGGAUCACUGCCCUGGAUCCAGCGGGUCCGCUCUUCGAGGAGAGCGACGUCCACGUGAGCAAGGCGGAUGCGAUUUUCGUGGACAUUAUCCACACCAGUUACGGCUGGAACGUGCUCAAGGGGGACCUUGGCAUGCAAGCUGCCACCGGCCACGUGGACUUUUAUCCCAAUUUCCAGGAGAGGCAACCUGGUUGCGACACUUUUAGUCUUUCCUGCCGCCACAGGAGGGCGCACAAAUACUUCGUCGAGUCCAUUUUGUCUGAUUCAUGCAAGUUCGUGUCCACUGCAUGUCGACCGGGCGUUACCGACCUGAAAUGUGACCUGCUUCCUAGUGGCGAAAUGGGCUACGGCAGCGAGAGGGCACCCGGACGUGGCGAACAAUUCCUGAGAACAAACAACGAACCACCCUUUUGCCUGCCAGUCGAGUCUGGCAGUGCAAUGUCGAGAUACGCCGAACAUCAGCCUGAAUAACACAAUAAUAAAGGAAUGUGGCGGGCUUA